AUGGAGGAAGGCGGCUCCUACGGGGGCAGCCGAUGUUCCCAAUGGCCCUUCCGGACCCCUCGAGAGGCAGGAACCCAGCGGGCCUCUCAGGAGGGUCGGAGCCCGACGCCAGGAGGGAUCCGAGGCCAAGGGAAGGAGAGGGGCAAGUCCGGGGUUCGAGCCCUUCCUAGCACGCGGCGGCCAAGAGCCCCACACCGGGAUGGGAACCGAGCCCACUGUGGAACCAAGAACGGCGGGUCUGCAAACCGGCUCCAAGCUGCCGCCGCCGUGACAACCGAACCGACGCAGGCCUGCUCAAUCCAGCGUCGAGUGGGGCGCCCGCAGCCGACGCUCCUUUUCUUGGGGGACGCCGACGCCGCAGUCGCCAUCUUUAGCGUGGGCUCACUUUCCGUAACUACUGCAGCAGAGAAAUGGAGGCAACAUAAGGCGCACGUUUCCAGUUUCUUGCCAGAAGCACCUUGCCAUGCUUCGAUCUGCCCUCAUCCAAGAUGGCCACCCGAGUGGGGAGGGGUACUAGGAGGAAGUAGUGACAAGUCGAUCGCCACGCUCUUCGUUCGCGGUUGCCGAGGUGACGCGUUUACCCGGAAGGGCCGCGUGCAAGAGCCGGCUCUAGAGGCCAGGGCCAGGUGGUCGGACCGCUGUGAGUCCUAGGAGCCGCAGGUCCUGUCAGCUGAGAGGCAGGCAGGCAGCCAGGUCCUGGCAGGGGAGACACGGAGGCAGCAGAUGGAUUCGCCGGCGGCGGGGGCCGGUCCUGGAGCGGCUGAACAGCUCAUAACCGGGGAGCCGCGGCCGGCGUCUCGGGGGCACCUGGGCGCCGCCAGGUGGAAGCUGCUGCGGCAGGUUCUGAAACAGAAACACUUGGAUGAUCACCUACGAAAAGUAUCUGUAAGAAGAUUUGAAUCCUUUAAAUUGUUUUCAGUAACAGAAAUAAAAAAGGAAACGGAAGACGAAGCUGGUGGCUGGGUUCAGUAUACAAGUGUGUUUUAUCCUGAAUACAGUAUUUCUUUAAGGAAUAACCAGGGGCCCAUAAAUGUUGAAGAUAUUUUUACCAGCUUUGACAACACAGGGAAUAUCUGUAUCUGGCCUUCUGAAGAGGUUCUGGCCUACUACUGCCUCAAGCACAAUCAGAUGUUCAGGGACCUUGCUGUGUGUGAGCUAGGGGGUGGCAUGACAUGCUUGGCUGGGCUCAUGGUUGCUAUUUCUGCAGAUGUCAAAGAAGUUCUGUUAACUGAUGGGAAUGAAAAGGCCAUCAAAAAUGUGAAUGACAUCAUCACAAGGAACCGGAAGGAAGGUGUGUUUAAGACUCAAGCAAUAUCAAGCUGCGUUUUACGAUGGGAUAAUGAGACAGAUGUCUCUCAACUGGAAGGACAUUUUGACAUUGUUAUGUGUGCUGACUGCCUGUUUCUGGACCAGUACAGAGCUAGCCUUGUUGAUGCAAUAAAGAGAUUACUCCAGCCCAGUGGGAAAGCGAUGGUGUUUGCCCCACUCCGAGGGACUACUUUAAACCAGUUUUGCAAUCUAGCUGAAAAAGCUGGUUUCUCUCUCCAAAGACAUGAAAAUUAUGAUGAACACAUUUCAAACUUCCACUCCAAGUUGAAAAAUGAAGGAUGGGAUACAUAUGAAGAAAACAUUCAUUAUCCACUUCUGCUAGUUUUAACCAAACACGGAUAAAAGACUAAACAACUCAGAGAAGGCAAACAUCAAUAUGUAUAGUCAUAUAUUUUUCCAAAAAAAUCUGAACAUGUAAUUGAUAAGAUAAAAGAAAAGUGGUUGAUUUUUUUGUUUGUUUGUUUUUGGCUUGUUGAUAUUGGAAAGUCUUAAGAUUUCUGCCUCAUCUCACCUCCAGAAUAUUGUAGGGUUUUGAGUUUCAGAUUUUACCUUUUUUUAGAUACAGUGAUUCUUAAGCUCUCCAAAGCUGUUUUCCUCGUCCUCCCAGCCCAGCCAGCUUCAUGCUCUUCCUGAACCAAACUGUUUUGUUUGUCCGUGAAAACUCACAUAUACUUGUGGUAAACCUAAUGCUUUUCUGGUUAAUUGGGAACAAAAUUAUUUUUAGUUAGAGUUUUUUGCAGAGGUUUUCUUGUUUAGGGGGAGACUUGUAAACAAUACGCACAUCAUGAUUCUUCUUUACGCCAAAAAAAGCCAUUUCUUUGGAACCUCCCCCAAAUAUUAGCUAUUUCUCUCUCUCUCUCUCUCUCUCUCUCUCUCUCUCUCUCUCUCUCUCUCUCU